AUGAACCCCGGCGGCGGCUUCGGGUUGGCUUUAGGCUUCGGCCUCACCCCUACGGCGGUGAUUCAGGUGACCAAUCUGUCGUCGGCGGUGACCAGCGAGCAGAUGCGUACGCUUUUUUCCUUCGUAGGAGAAAUAGAGGAGCUGCGGCUCUACCCCCCGGACAACACACCUCUUGCUUUUUCUUCCAAAGUAUGUUAUGUUAAGUUUCGUGACCCAUCAAGUGUUGGCGUGGCCCAGCAUCUAACUAACACGGUUUUUAUUGACAGAGCUCUGAUAGUUGUACCUUGUGCAGAAGGUAAAAUUCCAGAGGAAUCCAAAGCUCUCUCUUUAUUGGCUCCUGCUCCAACCAUGACAAGUCUCAUGCCUGGUGCAGGCUUGCUUCCCAUUCCGACCCCAAAUCCCUUGACUACAUUGGGUGUUUCCCUUAGCAGUUUGGGAGCUAUACCAGCAGCAGCACUAGACCCCAACAUUGCAACACUUGGAGAGAUACCACAGCCACCGCUUAUGGGAAAUGUGGAUCCUUCCAAAAUUGAUGAAAUUAGGAGAACAGUCUACGUUGGCAAUUUGAAUUCCCAGACAACGACAGCUGAUCAACUUCUUGAAUUUUUUAAACAAGUUGGAGAAGUGAAGUUUGUGCGGAUGGCAGGUGAUGAGACUCAGCCAACUCGGUUUGCUUUUGUGGAAUUUGCAGACCAAAAUUCUGUACCAAGGGCCCUUGCUUUUAAUGGAGUUAUGUUUGGAGACAGGCCACUGAAAAUUAAUCACUCCAACAAUGCAAUAGUAAAACCCCCUGAGAUGACACCUCAGGCUGCAGCUAAGGAGUUAGAAGAAGUAAUGAAGCGAGUGCGAGAGGCUCAGUCAUUUAUCUCAGCAGCCAUUGAACCAGAGUCUGGAAAGAGCAAUGAAAGAAAAGGCGGUCGAUCUCGUUCCCACACUCGCUCAAAAUCCAGGUCUAGUUCAAAAUCCCAUUCUAGACGAAAAAGAUCACAGUCAAAACACAGGAGUAGAUCCCAUAAUAGAUCACGUUCAAGACAAAAAGACAGACGUAGAUCUAAGAGCCCACAUAAAAAGCGCUCUAAAUCAAGGGAGAGACGGAAGUCACGGAGUCGUUCACGUUCACGGGACAAGAGAAAAGACACCCGAGAAAAGAUCAAGGAAAAGGAAAGAGUGAAAGAAAAAGAUAGAGAAAAGGAAAGGGAAAAAGAGAGAGACAGGGAGAAGGAACGUGAAAAAGAAAAGGAACGGGGUAAAAACAAAGAUAAAGACCGGGAAAAGGACCGGGAUAAAGACAAGGAAAAAGACAGAGAGAGAGAGCGGGAAAAAGAGCAUGAAAAGGAGCGAGACAAGGAAAAGGAAAAGGAGCAGGACAAAGAAAAGGAACGGGACAAGGACAGAUCCAAAGAGAUAGAUGAGAAAAGAAAGAAGGAUAAAAAAUCCAGAACACCACCCAGAAGUUACAAUGCAUCAAGAAGAUCUCGUAGUUCCAGCAGGGAAAGGCGUAGGAGGAGAAGCAGGAGUUCUUCCAGAUCACCAAGAACAUCAAAAACUGUAAAAAGGAAAUCUUCCAGGUCUCCAUCCCCUAGGGGCAGAAAUAAGAAGGAUAAAAAGAGAGAAAAAGAAAGGGACCACAUCAGUGAAAGAAGAGAGAGAGAACGUUCAACCUCCACAAGAAAGAGUUCUAAUGACCGAGAUGGAAAGGAAAAGUUGGAGAAGAAUAAUACUUCACUUAAAGAGAAGGAACACAAUAAAGAACCAGAUUCAAGUGUGGGCAAAGAAGUAGAUGACAAGGAUGCACCAAGGACUGAGGAAAACAAAGUCCAGCAAAAUGGGAAUUGUCAGCCAAAUGAAGAAAACCUCUCUACCAAAACAGAAGCAGUGUAG